UAUGGCUGAAAAACAGCUAUUACACAAGGCUGAACCAGCAAAGUGUAGUUAGGCUCUGAAAGAAAGAAGUUUGCAGGUAGGGCAUAACUUAUGUCUUUUAAUCAAACCUUGCACAUUCUGGUUAUGUAGGUUGGCAUCGCAAAGUUAAUUCAAUGGCUCCUUGGAGGUUACUCUUAAUUUUAAAAGGUAGCACUUUUGUGUGACAGAUUACCUGCUAAUUUUGAAAAUCAAUCGGCUUCGAGAAGAUACGUGAGGUGUCUCAUUACAGCAGGAACAUGCUUGACUUGCAUUACUUCAUUAACCAACUAAGCAAUACACCACAGUGCCUAGAUGUGCAUGAUACCCAGUUCUUGCCGGUUAGUUCGUUUUCAAUAAUUCUAGCGUCAGUUAAGCUCGGAGGUCGUGAAAGUUUUUAAAUAUUAAACAACAUGGCCCGCCGUGCAAAAACCUAUAGUUUAAUCUGAAUACCUUUUCUGUUUUCUAUGAAGUUCAACAAUUCCUUCAUCUCAUGGUCACGACCAAAUUCUUCGGCUCAAUGGUGGUCAUAGAAAUAGUGAAACGAAAAGUUACCUGGUAUUAUUUAAACAAAUGUUGAUUUUUUUCUUCUUAAUAAAUGUUUUGGAUGUCUUUUAAUGUCAACAAUACCUUUUUUUUUAACCUCUAAUGUUUUAAAAGUAAAUGUAAUAUUUCAGCUGCGAAAGCCUUCAUUAAAUGUCCCUUGAGGCCAUAUUUACAAUUAAAGGAAAAAGGAUGUAACUUUCCAGUUUUUAUCGGUUUUACGAUUAAAACUACUAUCAGCAUUGAAACUGAAGGGGUUUGUUCAUUGGAUGGUUAAAAAAUCUUGUGUAAAUUUUGAAUUAAAGUUUAGAUGAGUCGCAAACUAUGGUUUUUAUCAAAUCACGACUUGAUAGCGAUUACUGCUAUUCUUAAAAUUAAUAAUUAAAGGUACCUCGAGGAUCCUGAGAAUUAAGAAAAAAAUCUAAUCUUUAAUUUAUAACUGACAAAUUUGUAACGUAUUGCCAUUAUCAGCUGUGGGUGAAAAAAGAAACUUGUAAUGGAGUUUUUGUUUUGAAGGCCGAUAGAUGAGUGUUAAUGUGAUGGAGCUGUAAGAAAUUUUAAUUGAGGUGUUAUUAAUAAAAGAACAUUUUACUUGGGAAAACUGUCCACUUUUAGCGGGAAAAGGAAUGCAAAACAUGAAUUUUUCAUGAUGUUUUCGUUGUGAUUUAUCUUUAAAAACGAAUAUCACCCGAGCGAAAAUCAUUUUCUUGUUAACCCUAUAAACAAACUCAGCAGUGACAACGUCGACAAUGAGAACAAUGACACGGCAAAAGCCUUUUAUAUUUUUUGUAAAUACCGACUUUAAAAGCACUAAGAACUUUUAAUUAGCUAUGCUAAGAGAUGGCCAUGGUUAAAAACUUGACAAAACGUAUUUAUUUUUGUGAUAUGUAAUUUCUAACCAAGAGGAAGAUGAAAGUUGGCGUCUGGUUGAUCAUCAGCACAUUGUGGUUGCUUUUACAAUUCGCAAGCUCCCAGUUUGCAAGUAAGUUUCCUAUUUUUUUUACUUGAAAGAGAUAUAAUGAUGAUAUCGAAGCGUUAUGCGGUUUAUAAAUGCUGUAUGUAUGACUUUCUUUUCCCCUUUUUUUUUAAUUCCCUAACAAAGAAAAUUUGGAAUUGCAGACAUGGCCUAUCAAAGCGACUAUCACAUCACAUUCCCGGAACGCGUGGAUGGCAGGCGGGGAAAAAGGGAUUUGUCAACAUCUGAAAAGGUUUUUUUUUAAGACAAACGCUUUUACAGUCACUGAAACGUUUUUCUGAACGUAAGCUUUUGAAUUCUGCGCUAGAGGGUUGAAUUAAAACCAUUGGUGUAAUGCAAACCUGUUGAAAAAUGGACGGGGAAAAAGAAUGGAUAACCUGGCAUUCAAUUGGGAUAAAACGGAAUCAGUGUUUUCAAACUAAUUUUUGUGCUUAUGGCGAAGCCAAGCAACAUGCAGAAAAGCAGGAUUUAAAUUUUAUAUAUAUAUAUAUAUUGAUUUAUUUUUAAAUGCGUUUUUAACGCGGAACGGAACAAUUUUUUAUUUAAAACAUUCUUCUGGGUAUUAAUUUGAUAGAAAACCACUUUUGGCUCCUAUAAAUCACUUUCUUCAACCAAGAUUAACUGUUAAUUAUGGCAGCUCGGUAGACCUGGAUGAUGAUGUUACUUUGUUUCAGGGAGUUCACGUGGAUGACGCCUCCUAUCGACUGAAUACCCCUGACAAGGACUGGACCCUAGAUAUAAAACGAAAUAAGUAUGUUUGGUUUCAUCAUACGACUGACUUUUGACCAAAGUCUACUAAUUUUCAAGAUGUCUCUGUUUAGUGGAAAGUUGUUUGCAUGUUAUAGGUUCACCUAAGCAUUGAUAAAAAAAAACCUGAUCAUUUUCGUCUUGUAAGUGUUCUGGUUAUCUCUUUUACCCGGUAGAGAGACUUCGUGACUUCAAAUUUUUGAGAAAAUCAAUCUUGUCAUCAAACUAGAAUACAAUUUCAAAGAUUAGGAAUAAGGGGGAAAUUUUAGGAUAUUCACAGUUCUGGUGAACUUUUCUUUUCUCGAAAAGAUUGUAAACCACCAAUGGGAUAUUAGUGAGAAAUGCUAACCAGUAACAUGGGCAAGUUUUUCCCUCUUUCUUGAUAAGGGAUGCAGAAUGAAACGUUACAAAAAGUGACACUGGUCUCUAAAAUCCGUCAAUUUUUGGGUUAUGAUUAAUUUAUUUUUCUUCUUAUUCUUUAUGAGAGAGAGAUAACCAGUUGUUUUGUUUUUCUUUGUUCAUCUCAUAGAGAUCUUAUUUCUCCAUCAUUUGUCGUUCGCACAUUUGCUAGUGAUGGUUCAGAAGUUAUUCAAGAGGUAAUUUGCAAAAAACUAAGAUUUUUUAACAUUGUUUAGAACAUUGUUAAAUCAAGUGUUGAAAGUAAUCUGAGAUCGCAUUGUUUUUUCUAUAUUUCGCUCUGUGAUUGGUCUAGAAAACUAGCGCCACCGUGUCAACCAAUCAGAUGCACUCCUAAAACCAAUCACGACUUUGUCGCCCGCGUUUUCCCGGAUGUUGGCUCAAAAGUUUUUGUUAUAAGUUUGUUUAUCCUCAUUAACAUGUAAUUAGACUUACUUUGGCACUAGCAUGUUAAAAAAGUUUACCACAGGAAUACCAGCAAACCAAGCUACCUGGCAACCUAAUGUGGUGCAUGACGACUGGCUUUUGAAUAGUUGAAAACUGUUGCCUGAGAUUUAGAGUUUUACAUUCCCUAACUGCCACCACUCCCUCCUUCCACUGUUGAUCUGUGAAUGCAUAUGUGCAUAAUCUCUAGAGUUUGAUAAUCUGGUUUUACCAAGUGAGUUGAUAAUGUAAACUAGCCACCGUAAAGUGUUCAGCAGUUUCUAAGGUACAUUGGCCAAUUUAAAUUAUCAACUCAUUUGAUAAAACCAAAUUGCCCAUGGCCCCACAGUUUUUAUAUAAUCUUACCCUUUUCAUUUCUAAAAUUUUUCGGUUUAUAUACUUUUUCAGGGAGGUCCUGAUCAUUGUCAUUAUCAAGGGUCCAUCCGAGGCUUAGCAGAUUCAACCGUUGUGUUAAACACUUGUUCAGGACUGAGGUAUUAAAAAAGCCCUCAUUCAUGAAAAAUAUUCCCAAGGUGCCUCGUAAAAAUAGCUCAGCUUGUUACGCGAUUUACUGAAACGCUGAGACAAACCGAUAAAAUAGUUAGGCAGUGUAAUCGUCCAGAUCAGUAUGGCGUGUGAAAGAACUGUUCUCAGUGUCAGCAUAUCAUAUCAGAUUCAAAUGAUUUUAUAAUGACGUACGCACUGGUUGUCGAAACAUUAACCGCUUUAAAUAAAACAGUUGCAGCACUGCUUUAAAAGGAAAGCUAGCACAACAAUUUUUUUUUUUGCGCUACAAAAACAUCCAAGCGGUUAAAAAAUUAUGCAUCGUGGUUUAUCCAUGAAAUUAAAUAUUCCUUUCCUCUAAAGGAUGAAUGAAGUUAAAAGUACAACAGUGACCCACAUUGAAGAACUCCGCGGUGAUUUGCCGACACGAGUUUUAUGGUUUUAAUCAACGUACGUAGGCGUAUGUGCCUUGUAUAAAAAAAAUUUAUUAGACACUUUCAGAAAGAGAAAAAAAAUACAUUUUGUUUUUCAACACCUACGGUAAACCGAACGGAAGUCUUAGCUUUGUACCCACACCGGGCUGGGUCUCACUACACGUCUGUUAUUUUAUUUUAUUUUUUUAAUACCGCAUUUUAGCCAUUAACUUUAACUAAAGCUAUGUAAGAGUCCAAAACAAAAUAAUUGGGGUCCCUUGAUUAGACUAUGAUGACCACAAGAGACAUGGACAAGUAUAAAGGUGAAUGAAGAAGAAAUUUUACAAUUUCUCCUAACCAGGGGGCUCGUAGAUGAUGGCAAAGAUACAUUUUAUAUUACACCUGAGUCUGGAGGAGAAGUAAGUCUUAUUAUCGAAAUAAGAGUUUGAUUUAAUAACACAGAAUUUUACUGUUGAUUCCUCUUCAUGAUUUCAAAUUACCAGUUAUAACCCCGCUUAGUAAUUAUAUGCGUGAUUGUAUUUCACUGUAGGAAACUGGCGCCCACAAAAUAUUCCAAGCAAAUGAAGACGAAGCCAAACACAUCCUGGAUAACUGCGGUAAGGCAAUUGGCGGAAAUAGAAUUUUACCACAGAAAAAAAAAAGUGGAGCUCGCCAUAAAGCAUUUAUUUUUCAACUACGUGGACUAAUGUUUAGACAAGUUUUAACGACCAUCUUUGUAACCCUCCUGUAGACAUAAGUAAGAGAUUUCUAUGGUUUGAAUAGCGUUCUUGUUUGACAAAAUGUUCUCUCACAACCUCUGCACGUAAAGCUGAUGAGUACGGACGGAUGCUUUGCCUCUAUUCAUUUCAGUGUGAAAGUCGAUGUGCUUAAGCGUUCUAUUAGCCAAGAUUUGGCUCAGCCGUGAAUGCAAAGACAUAAGCACACUCAAAGAAAAGAGAAAAGUGUUUAUUUUUACUUAGAAGACUCAUGCAAACGUUCCGUAGUCCUUUUCAAUAAAUUUGUUUCUAAUAUCAAUUUUUGGUUUCUUUCUUUACUUCAGGAAACAAAGAAACUCAUGCAGAUUUGCAUCAAUCAGUGGAAAAAUCAGGUGCAAUUUCUCGGGUAAGAUAUUGAUAAGAAUUUUUUCCUUAGGAAUUUCUUCUUUUCAUUUAUACAUCAACGAUCUCGUGGAUAAGAGGUAAGAGUGAGAGAGAGGCAAAAACUUGAAACAGCAUAAUAUAUCAUGAUUUUUUUUAUGUUUUCAUUAGAUAAGACGAAGCAUAUCGGGCCACGUUGAUGAAUUCUACAAACCAUUUUUGACAACAGAUGAAACGAGAUACAAUGAGCUGUUAUUGGUUGUAGAUUUUGGAAUGGUAAGUUAUACGAUAAAUUUUGAGAUUCGUAAUGAUCUCAGAGUAAAAUUUAUCCUCAAGUUCCCAUGCAUUUAUUACAGGAAAGAACGUAAUGUUACACUAAUCGUUUGCACCCUAUCAGUGGUUUUUAUACUCUCCAUACUGUAUCCCAGUCUUUCUCUACGGUCCUGAAAAGGGAAUGUAUCAAAUAAUCGUUUCCUUUAUUCUCUUGACAUUUAUUUUUAAUCGAGGGGUAAAUUAUGGGGAGAAAAAAGUUCUUAGUGUCUUUCAGGUUUUAAAGGUUAAUUAACUUGAUAACACCAUCAGGAAAGCAAGUUACCUGGUUUUCCAUCACACCUUACUAUGGUCUGGAAAGCAAAAAAUUCGUAUGAUCAAUCUUGUGAUUUACGAAAGAGUUUGUCACAUUUAAACUUUGUUUUGGUGACAUUGAGGAUAUGGGAUUUUAUGGAAGAUAUGAAAUUCAUUUGGGGGGUAAAAGGGCCUAGAUCCCAGUCUUAAAGAAGAAUUCGUGAUUUGUUAAUUGCUCCGUAAUUAUUAGGUUUGGUACUUACUGAGGGUUUCCUUUUUAUUUUGCUUUUAAUUUUUUAGUACUUGAAACACAACAAUGACACCAAAGUAAUCACAGACCGAGUGAUAACACUGGCAAACGCUGUUGAUGCCGUGAGUAAUCAGUUUCAGAUAUUGAGUGAAUCACGACUUUCUGGUUACUUGUAAUCACGAAAACAACUCUUGCCAAUGAUCUUGAAUUACUCAGGCUGCGGCAGCCAGAACGGAAGUCACUAUCGAAAUCCAGAGAAAAAUUGGCCUUUUAAUAAAUAACCCACGGUCCAAAUUCCAAUUCGAUCUAGAAACAGUGGACAUGUUAAAUUCCCAUUCCCAUUUUUAUAUUUUUCCAUUCUCAUUUUUCAUUCCCUUUUAAUAUUCAACUAUUUGGAUAUUUAGUCAUUUUCCUAGUCCCCACGGGAGAGCAGCAGCGAACAAAUCAGUCUAAUGGAAUGUCUAUCAUGACUUCCCUAUUUUUCUUUAUUUAGAUUUAUCAGCGGAUAAAUAUCAGGGUAGUAUUGAAAGCGUUGGAAAUUUGGACGAAUGGCGAUCCUUUUGAGCGUCAAAAGAAAGGAGGACCUGACCUUGGUCGCUUUACUUCAUAUCGAAACGACCAUUUAAUAAAAAAAUUUGCUCAUGAUAACGCACAGCUACUGAGGUAAGAAAAUUUCGCAUUUUAAUAAAUCAAAGAUGAGAGAGAAGUUCGAAAUAUUUUUUGUUUCUUAAAAAAAUAAUGUAGUAGGGGAAAUGUAGGGUCUACGAUUAAUUGUGGGAAGUUUCACUGAUAAAACAUUAAUUGUUCAUCGUACCAAGUCGAAUAUUAAGUACGAAACAAUAUAACUAAUUACGGUUGUCGUGGUUCUGCUAAGUUCCCUGACUAAAUACCUAAGCUCCAAAUUUGUUUAAGAAAAUAUAGGAUUACAUGGAUGACGCACAAAACACACAACUUCAUUGGCUUCGGGCUCCAAAACUCGGACUGGUUUUACAUGGACGAAAAAAAUUUAUCUUUAAUCAUUGGAGAAGUUGCAUAGAGUUCACUUCUUUUUUUCGUUUCAGCGAGUGGCGUUGGUCUGACUGUGCUGGCAUGGCGUUCCUAUUUGGGAUGUGUGGCUCUGUAUCAACCGGUGUUAAUAAUGUAAGUUAAAAAGUGAUCGACUGAUUGCGAAAACUGAUAACAGUGCUCUCUAAUUAAGUACGAAUGAAAGUCACUUGGAAGAUCAACUCUCCAAUGUGAUUGGUUAACAACUUUCCGAAAACGAUACAUGCUUAUUCGGUUUUUUUAAUUUAAAUCAAACAAAGUGAAAUCAGAUAGCCUCUCAAGCAUAAGUGUCAAAGACUGAGUAAACCAUAAAUCAGAGCUUCUUAUAGAGAAGUUGAGUCAAGUUGUAGCAACAAAUUUAAAAAUGAUGCUGUAAAGUAGUUGCCCCUUGUUCGACGUACCUCUUGAACAGAUUCACCCAAAACUCUAGAGCUUGUCAUGAGUGAUUAAUCUCCCUCGUCUCCUACAGCCCUAAACACCCUUGUUUACUAUUUUCGCUGUUUGUAAUUUCUAUUAGUAAAACCUAGACUAGUUGGAUGUCUAUGGUUAUGUUUGGUUACCACAACUGGACGAUAUUUUCAUAACAUGUACAAGACACUGAAGAAAGCACUUCAGAGUCUUGACUCCUCACACUACUGGAAGCUAAACAUUUAAGAUUAUGCAUAGAUGCAUUAUCGUUUAUGUAAACGUCUCUGUAGGAGGCUGAUAUUUUGGUCUAGUUAAUCUUAACGGGCUUGAUAACUACAUUAAGAGAUCGAACUUAAGUUGUUUACUUUUACUUUCCAAGUGGAAUUAUGGAAGCAUCAUUGGCCCUUAUGUAAUACUGGCACAUGAAAUGGGUCACAACUUUGGAUUCAGCCAUGACGAAGGUAAGAAUGACGAGAUACUUAGAAAUCCUAGCCUUAACCUAAAGGUGGACAAGGUUCAGGUGGGAUCUCUCAGCAACCAUUAAAACCUCCCUAACUCUAAUAGUUCGCUGUACUAUCUCGAGAUAACAAAAUCUAAAUUUCUUUCAUGGUUUAUUUUAAUUUUAUGAGUUCAUUUUUUCGAUUACUAGUUCUUUCAUUUCUCUAUGUAUUUUAUUCGUUUUUAACACAAGCCCAAGUUGUUAACAACUUUGUUGCUGAUAUGGUUAACCUAUUAAGGGAAAGGAACAUAACUUAUUAUUUUAAUCAUUUUCCCGUACUUUGAAAGAUCGUCAGUAAAACAAAACAGACGUGCAAAAGUUUUUUCUGUUUAAGAUUUCUGCCAUUUGUUCCACUGAAUACGUUAAAGUGACCUUAUUACUUAAUGAAGAGAAAUUCUGAAAGAAAACUUACAAAUGAAUUCAUCGCAAAGUGAUUGUUUACGGGAUCAUCUUCUCUUUCGCUCAUUUGCAAUGAACUCUUUUCCCAGGAAGCUGCAAGUGUUUGACCCCAAGAGGCUGCAUCAUGGGCGGUCACAAGUAUGUGAUAUUUGUAUAAUAGAUAUGUGCACGCCAUUUCGCAAGAAGAAUCUUCAGCCUGGGCAAUAAGAGCCAGCCGGAGGCCAAUACAUCUAACCUAAAACAAGCAGGCUACACGACUCAAUAAGGAACGUCAUGUAACCAAAACCAAACUGUAAUUACAAGCAAUGGCUAUUAUUGUGCAAAUACUACAAAGUUACCAGUGACAAAUCUUUCAGUACAGAUACUGUAAAUAGAGUUACUUUGACAUAAUUGACGAAUCAAAUAAAAUUGUGCAAUGGACCGGGUCGAUAAUAAGCCAAAGAACACGAAAAAUUUGAACGGAAAUAAUUCGUCAUUUCAUGUAACCCUAUCGGCAACUUUGGACUUAGAGAUUCAUGCUUGUUUAUAUCACAAAUAUAUUAAAUUUGAUAUGCAGGGCCAGAGUUCCAGGAUUUUCCAACUGUAGUGUGACUUCACUUCAAAGACUCAAUGAUUGGUGCUUAUAUAACGUGCCAACACACAAGGUACAUAAUCUUAUUUCAAGAAGGAGUAGUUACUAUGGUAACAGAUGUAUCAAAUAUUGUGCUCACUGAACUUCGUGGAAAAACAUUCUUUUCAUAAGUAUGCAACAUAAAUAUUGAUAACUAAACUAUAGUUGUCCGACGUUUCGAUGUUUAAACUAUAGUUGUCCGACGUUUCGAGGUUGCUAGAACCGUCAUCAAGGUAAAAAUGAGAGUUUUUUCGCGGUGUAAAUAUAAAUUGGUGGAACUAGAAUAAUAGACAUUAAUUCCACUCAUUUAUAUUCAUACCGCGAUAAAACUCUCAUUUUUUAACCUCGGUAAUGAGGUUAGCAACAUCGAAACGUCGGACAACUAUAGUUUUAUUAUUUCGAUUGAAGGUUUUCAGUAAAUUGCUAAUAUGAAUAUUAUUGGGUAAUUAUAGUCUACAAAGCGUUGGUCACUUCAUUUAGUGAAAUCAUUUCAUAGAAACAAGGCUGUUUCAUUUUCGUUUGAUUUUCUCGUUUUCAAGUCUUAUAACAGUUAUUGUGGGAAUGGAAUCCGUGAAGAAGGAGAAGAAUGUGACUGUGGCACUCCUGAGGUUUGUCAUUGUUGUAUUUGUAUUAAAUAUUUCAGCUUUUAUUUCUCAAACAUAAUUAAAGUCAAGUCAGGUCUCUUUGAUCACACUAGUCUUAGAACAGGUUCAGAGAUCUUGAGGGGAAAUCACUGAUCAAGGAAUAUGAUCAUGCUAACAAACUAUUAACAAUGUAAACAACGAGGUUACUAUUAAUUGUUUUCUGCUUCACUCAGUUAAAUAGAAUUAUCUACCAUUCUCAGCCUCGUUGACUAAGCUUUCAGUCAGAGCUCCAGUAAGUCAAGUUAUUGAUUUUUUUGCCAGUUUUCGGUCAGAACGGACGAGCGGCCGAAUUUUUUAAAAUUGGUAUUGGUAAAUUGGUAUUGAAGAAGAGUGGAAUACUGAGACCUUGUAAUCGCUUAGGCCGAAUGGAUGCAAUAUAUAACUUGACUAGUCAUAAAUUGCAAGUGAAUUUUUUUUUAACUUAGGUACCUUAUACCACUCAAGAGUUUUUAAAUCAAAACAAUAAUCAAUUUUCAUAAUUAAGUCUUACUUCGACGAUAGCAAAGACGGAGCUUUUUGCGAGAAUUUAAUAAAUAUUAAUUAAUUUCCUCAGAUGUGUCAGAUCAAGGAUUCUUGUUGUGAGCCUCACAACUGUGUUCUUAAAAAGGAAUCGCAAUGCAGUGACCUACACCAUUCAUGCUGCGAGAACUGCCUGGUAGUGUAAUGUAGAAUCAUAAUCCAUUUAAUUCAUUUAAAUAAGCUUGCUGAGAAGUAAUUUGAUGAAGGAGCACCAUAAAUACCUCUGAGAACUUCCUGAGCGCGAGCAUCGUUGGCUGGGGAGCUUUAACUCUCAGCCAAUUUUGUGAAUCGUUGUCGGCUGAUUCAAGGAAUCAAAUGAUAACGGGAGGACAGUGCUGGAAAAAGAUGAGAGAAAUAUUUUUUAAGGGAAAACGCCCCCAGAACCUUAUGAAAACUUUCACCCCAGCACGUGCCUUCCAAAUCUCUUUUCCCAUCGCCAAAACUCGAUAAAUUAGUAGAACCGGGAUAAGGAAUUACCCAUGAAAAUUACGACCUUGGCAAGUCUGCUUAAAAUGGACAACCAGUCUCAAUUUUGCUGAAAGAACAUAAAUGCUUUAGAAAUUCUUUUUCAGAAGUGGAAACGAUUUAAAAAAAAAGCGUUAAGGUAUUUUUUUCAACUUUUUUUGUCAGUGGUAAGUUGUCUGUAAGUCACUAGUCUAGCGAUUCCGGAAUUGAGAUGUUCACUUGAGAAUGAAGCCUGUAUAAUAUGCUGCAGUUUCACAUACCAUAUUUUUCUUCUGAGGGACUAUUCUCUUUUCGAAACUAUUUAAAGAAGAAGUUUAAAAAUAACACCAUGAGAGUGCCGCACCAAGUUAACGGGGUGGAUGUAAACAUCAUACUCUCUCAAUCAUUCCUUUUAGUACAAGAAACAAGGAUCGUUGUGUCGUGGAGUCAAAACAGAUUGUGAUGUUCCGGAAUACUGCACUGGCAAUUCUCGGGAUGUAAGUAUAGCUCUAACAAAUGAAUUCAGUAUUAAUGAUUUUGUACCACAUUAAUGACUGACCAUGCAAUUGCUUCAUAAAUGAAGCACUAAAACAAGAAAUUCCAUGUUUUGUUUUCAGUGUCCAGGAGAUUCAUACAUAAUUGAUGGAUACCCUUGCAAUCAAACUAAAACAGUGAGUGAACCCAGUCGCCUUUGCAUAACGAGUAUGACAUGUGAAACAGUAUUUUUGAUCCUGCAUCGGUUGAUUGCUAAUUCACACUGACCGCUAGGAGAGGUGAAAGAUGAAAGAUGAGCAACAGGGGUUACAUCAAAGUCCUACUGCUCUUUUUCUAGAGAAGCACUUUGCCAGCAUUGGGCUAAAUUGAAGCCCACUUAAAAGUUGUGUAUGUCGCUGAUUUGCUUUCAGUGCUGUUAGCUUUUAUUUUUUGGUUCAUGUAAUAAGUUAAUUCCAAAUUUCCAGAACUGAUUAACAUGUAACUUCUCCUAACAAUAUCAAAAUAUAUUACAGCGAAUGGUCGAUGAGAUAAUGUUUUGAUUGACAACGCCUUCACUUCUUUUCAAAAAUUACAUGGAAAUAGAUAGUGCAUAGCAAUUAACUAGUGGGUAGAAAUCUACUACUCAUCAGAGGUUUAAAAAAAUUGUGGUUAUCAAAUGGUCAUUUGAAGAUGUGGUCUUUUUUUAAACAUACCUGAAAGCUAUUAGAGAUAUCUUCAGCUUUACAUUUACGACACUUUUUAAAUCACUGUUUCUCCUUUAACUCGUUUAGUCUGACACGUAUAGAACGAUAUCUUUUUCAGUGCUCUUCAUGAAAGCACUGCAUCGCUAUGCAAACAUCGUUUACUGAUGUAAGCAGCUAGUGGUAGUGCAUACAUAUAGUUACUAUUACAAUUAAUUAAUUUGUAUUUUUAUUAAGAUUAUACAAGGAAACACCAACUAUUUUAGUGUGAACCACAGAACCCUGAAUCCAAGAGUCAGCGCUCGAUAUCUUCGUAUCAAUCCUCAGUACUGGAAUGGCUGGCCUUGUCUAAGAACGGAGUUUCUGGGGUGUUCAGCGGGUGAAGGUAAAUGUCAUGUCAUAUUGUAGGGAAAAAAAUUUUAAUUUAAUUUCUGGCCAUAUUUGACUGCGCUUUGAAAUAGGUUAAAUUUCCUUUAUUUCCUUUUAACUUUUAUUUUAAUUCAAUAGAAAAACCUGGUUCUGAAAUCCUCGUUCCUUGCUGAAAUCUGUUUUGAAAAAUGAGAAUGUAUGAAAAAAUAAAGUAUAAUUUGUAGGAAGUUGAGUGAAAAGACAAGACUCAUGCCUAUAGCCUUAUUGUUAUUAAAGGCAAAAUGUUUAAUUUUGUUUCCUUUUGUAGGAAAAGCGUUUCUAAGAAAAGGGUUGGGAAAUAUAGAAGAAACCAUUGGAAAAAUUAAGAGCCAAAUUUAGACUUUCAACAAAAGUCACCGCAAGAAUUUUGUAACUCUGGGGUACUUUUGGAAAUUUUAAUUUAAAAAUCCUCCUUAAACAUUUCAGGAAAUUGAGACAGUAACAGAAAGUAUCAUUCAGUGAAUUGCUUGGAUCAUGUUAAUUUAUCGCUAAUGAUUGUGGCGACAAUGCAUACAGGAAUUUGGGGUGAAAUCACUUGUAUUGCUUUGGCUUUGCGUUUACGGAAUAUAUCAACCUCAUGAAACUCUCACUAACCUAGUUUAAAGUUAAUUUGUUUUGUUUCCACAGUUAGUCCAACUGCCGCAACUCCUCUUAAGUCAUACGGUCUGGAUCUUUGUCUCACGCCAUCAAACCAGUCUUGCUCGCCAAAUGACAACGACCGCUUAAUAUACAGACCUGGAGGUCUGUGCUCAGAAAGUCAUUUCCAAUUUACACUUGAUGCAGACGGGGUGUUACGUCAUAAUUGCAGUGGUAAAAUGGUGUGUCCCGAGAAUGGCGGCACUGGUAAUGGUGCGAAGAUUGUUGUUAGCAGUACGUGCAAAACAGAAGAUUCGAAAUUUAAGCGGACAUCAGGUUUGAUGUAAUUUCGCUCCUAGAUUUCGUAAAUUACUGUGUAUGCUUUCAGUCAAAGGGCUCUUUAGAGAGGUGGGCUUGUUAAAAGUUCACUGGGAUCCGGAAUAUGCGUCUCUGAGUAUUUCUGACAGACUGAUUAAGGCUUUGAGAUACAAACAUAAUCCACUCACCGCUAACCCCUGUUCACUUGAGCACAACACUACCUGAAACCUGACUGACUCUUGUUCAUCUUAUAUUCUCCAAAAUCUGGGAAAGGUAAAUGGAAAUUGGGAAGAAUUUUUUCUUUUAAUGAUGGAAAAGGCUUUUGACUUUUGCAAGUAAGUGUAGUCAGAGAUAAUACCGAAAAAUGUAUAUCCUUUGGAAGGCACUCUAAUACGACGUUUUUUUUAUUUUCUACGGUCUUGCUACUAACAGAAACAGCACUUCAUCAGAUUGGAAGAGAUUGAGCAACCUAAAUCUAAUAUAAAUUAACUCUUAUAUAAGUCUUUAAUACAAUGUAAAUACGUUUGGAAAUGAUUCGCUCGUCUUCUCACAACGCAAUUAAUAUAUAGUCAUUGUGUUCAUUUCUAACGUUACAGUACACUCAUCUGUCUUUUAAACAAAGUGUUUAAACUAUUUUUUCGACAGGACGGUCUCUGAAGCAUCUAAAUACCGGGAAAUGCGUCCAUACAUAUGGAGCUUGGCCUGGCGUCGACAGACACAUGGUAUUGUGGUCAGGAUGCGAUGAACGACGGCUGGAACUAUGGUUUGCAAAGCAAGGUAAUUUAUGUUGGUGAAACAUACAGCUGAACAGUGUGUAAAAACUUCAAUAAAGAGUUACGAAUUAUUUUCAUGCAACAUGUACAUGAGUUUUCUUAUCCGAGAGAUUAUUUAUCAAAAUCCAAAUUAACAACAGAGAAGUAACUGAGGCGGUUUUAAUGGCCAAGUAAUCAACCAUUCUUUCCGUAAAAUUCUAAGAGGGGCACAAAUACGCUCGAUUCACAAGGAACAUACCCUAUCGGACAAAUCACAUUAAAAAAAAAAGAUGACAAAGCAUGAUAAGUUUGUUUGUUAAGCACGUGCACAAGGUUGCAUAACAUAGCGGGCUCCAUUAAAGGAAAGUAAAGAUGGCGAAAGCUUUUCUUAAAUAAAGCCCGAGAUUUCGGGUGAUAAUCUAUUUGUUUUGCUAGGGACAAUAAGUUUACUAUAACCUUUGGUAAUGGUUGGCGCAACACGAUCGAAACGCGCUCAAUUGAAAUUAGAUAUACCUUAUUUAUAGAGUGUGUGGACCCUCUCGGAAUGCAGAGCGGUGAUAUUAAAGAUAGCCAGAUCACUGCGUCUUCAUCCAGACCAGCAGAUCUCCCGCAUUAUGGCAGGCUGCAUAACGGAAAGUACUGGUGUGCCAAAGAGAAAAACAAAAACGAGUACAUACAGAUUGAUUUUGGACAGGUAUCUCCAAUCUCUGAUCUGUUAUAUUAUGAGCCUUCUGUAUAAAGUGCUACACUGAAGACCUCACCUCGCGGUCAUUGUAUCAAGAAAGCCUCAAUCGUAGCCUUAAUUUUUUUUUAAUGCUUUUACAGUCACUUUUCUUUUUUUUUUUUUACAGUCCCCUUUUUAAUUAUCUUUUAAGAUUUUUUCUGUUUUUCCCUUAAAUUUGGUGAUAGUUUGCUGCGAAAAAAAAGCGAAUCAUUACAGCGUCACAGGUUUUAAGAGAGAAAGCAGAAUAUAAGAGAAAACAUGAAAGACCAAAAAUAGUUUCACAGUCUCCAUGUGUUUGAGUUUGUGAGUGAUUUGCGUACAGUUGAAUUUAAAAAACGAGUUAGUGAUGACACGUCCUGUAGUACGUGUUUCUGAAUCAUGAGAAGUCGACUCUCCGUUUUAACUUUUGGCCGAUUUUUCUUUUUGUAGGUACGAACGGUGAGCAAAAUUUUGAUACAGGGACGUGGAAACUGGUACGACUGGGUGACCGGCUUCUACUUGUUCCUCAGCAAUGAUGGUCAGCGGUGGACUGGUUAUUCAGAGAGUGGAGACAAACAACAUUCCAAUGUAAGGGAAAUAUUUGAAACGGUGAUUUUAAAUGUGACUAUACACCGUUAGGUUCUUAUUGACAUUUUUCCUUGUUUUAAAACCGAUUCAGUAAGGAGAAUAUUCGCUUGUUUGGUUCGAAGACUUGGUAUGAAACAAAAGAGAAGGGAAAAGUGAACAUUUUGAUUCGUUUAUUCGCGAUAAAAGAUAGCGAACAUGUGCACCUGUCAGGAAAAUUUCUCUAAAGCCACUGACUUACACAAGUAUUGUCGUUUCAGUCGCAUUGCUACCAAGGAAAAUGCAGCGAAAUUCACGAAACUCAGUGCAAAGACUUGUGGGGAGCAAGUAAGUUUGAAUAAACGUUCUUAUUAUUUAGACAUGACUUAAUGCCUUUACAAUUAAACUGCGUCCAGUCAAGAACUGAAAGCGAUUAUCCUCUAAACAGUUGUAUCUUUAAGUUAUAGAUACUCAGCCACCUCAAGUUGCUGUAUCUCAGGUCAUGACAGAGACAUUUACCUGAGCUUCUAAUACUUUACUUGUAACCCAAAUCAAUUAAUUUUUUAGCCGCCAAUAAUGCCGACCAAGGAUGUUAUGACAAACUAAACACUGAAGCUGCUGGAUUUGGCACAUGUGAUCCAGUUACAAAUGCAUCAUGCGCUGCAAGGUACAAGCCCACAAUGCAAGUUUGGAAGAAUAAUCACCCGGUGGACUUAAAAGAUAUCUUUUUCAGGGAGUUUUAAAACGAAGUACAAUCUUUCAUCUCACAACGUAGUCACUUUGUAUAUGGACCGCGACGUUUCGACUACAUACUGCUUAUUCAGGCGAUAAAGUCGAUUUAGUACGCGUUACCUUAUAAACUGUUCUUCUCAGUUGUUAUUCGUUGGAAUUCCACAGCUGAUACUAGCGCAUUUCGUCAAAAGGUUCCUUCAGUGGUCCGCGGUCGAACGGCCCUUGACCUGUAGUGUCUCUUGAUCGUCAGUAUCCAUACUUCCGGGAUUUCUAUUCCAUUGUCCCUCUAGAUGUUGCUAGGGUGAAGUCCUGGAAGUUUAUUUGGGCAAUUUGCCUUUCCUUAUAAUUAUUCUAUUUUUGGUAAACCAACCAGAAAUAGAAGGACGUAGCUUAUGCCUUAAAUGCUAUGAUUUCUUUUAUACGUAUCUGGAUACCUAAGGUGUUUCAGUAGGCAAACAUUUCAAACUUCUUAAUUCAUAUAUUUUCAUAUCUCUCUCCUUUCCUUAAUUUGAAAAUUUCUUUUUGUGGCGACCACUGAUAUGCAAUCUGCCGAAAAUAUUCAUUAUGCAAACGUUAAUGAGUUUCCUUAAUUUUUUUCUUAGUAACGUGUUAUGCGGUCAGCUUCAAUGUGAAGACAGCAGAGAUAAACCUGUUGUUGACUACGGAUGGACGUACACCAAGAUAAGUUUGGAUAAUGGGAAACAAUGCAGGUAUUAAAGUAUGUUCAAAACCCCAUGCGAAAAAGUACAAAUGUGUUCUCUAUUUUUUUCUUAAUUUAAUCAAUUUGGAUACUUCGAAAAGUAUUCAAGGAGAAGUUGAAAAACGUGUUUCUAGGGAAACCAUGCCUACGGACAUUAUCAAGGGAAAGAAAUAUAUAUCUAUCGAUAGAUAUAUCUAUCUAUUGUGGUUCGUUCGCUGAACUCCAGAUCCACCCUCCUUCGGUACCACUGACUUAUAAGAAAACCGAUGGAAAUGCUGUUGAUAUGGGUGGUUAUGAUAAUAACGAGAAAGGUGGGGUAGGGGGGUGGGGGUGGGGGUAACUUGCGAUGGACCAUUUUCCAGCUUCGAGGAAGUAGGAAUAUUCCUAGUCGCUUCAUGUUAAGGAAAACGGGAUAGGCCGUGGAGAUGCGAACUAUUUAAGAGUCUUUUCACCCCACUCUUUAAUAUUUAAAAGGUAUACGUUCUUAUAUAAUGUUUCAAAAAUGAUUUGUGUAAAAAGAGUAAGACUUAUCGCCACAAAACCAAAAUUCUUGGAAAAAAAGCAUGGGCUCUUGGACAGUGUGACAGCCUAAUGUAUUCUUUCUUCCCACAGUGCUGCAACCUUAAAAUCUAUAGAUGACCUCGGUGAGGGAAUGGUUAGAGAAGGGACAAAAUGUGGAGAUGAUAAGGUACCGUGAAUAAAAAUUUACACUUCCUAUCCCAGGAAUGGCCCCUGAGCAUUUCCUUCUUGUGAUAGGAAUAAAUUGUGGAGAAAAAUGGUAACGAGGAGAUAGAAAAAACAUCAAUCAACGAUUUUAAAUUCAACACCAAUAAUGUAGAGGCCAAAAUUGUAAAAAGUUUGGCAGACAAUAGAGAAAAUUUUAUCGAGAUCUUUAGAGUAUCUAUUCGGCUGUUCUUUCGUAAAGUAAGAGUUUCCUUCUAAGUUUAAAAACAAUACCGAUUUUUUUCCUUCCACUUGAAGCCAGUGAUCUAUCAAAGCCGUUUAGGCCAACACUGAUACCUGAAACUCCAAAUUAUAAAAUAGAAUUACAGUAGUAUACAAUUCCAGCUUUUAUGAGGCAAAUACCUCUCAAGAUUAUUUUAUGAUUUUCUACAAGUUAAGAUAACAAAGAAUUUUGUUGAAUUUUGUAUUUUGUUACAGAUGUGUAUAAAUUACAAGUGUCAGUCAUUUGAUUCUCUCGACAUUGGCAAUUGUCCGGUGGCAAAUAACAAGGAGUGUGGGGGAAGAGGAGUAAGUUAAUAAUUAAGGCUAAUUUUUCAAAUCCAUGACACCUUAAUUGACCUUCAAAAUCCUUCAGCAUACUUGUUACUUUUCGUUCAUUCUGCCGUUGUUGUAAUUGUUUACUCUAAUUGUCGAUUCACUCAUUGAAGUCUUUUUUUUUCGAAAGUAAUUCUCUAAUAUCGUGACAUGUCUCUCUCAAAGGUUUUUUUUGACUUCUUCUGUCGAUGCAUUUGCAUUCAAAUCCGCGUUUCACCACACCGCCUUUCUUCCAGAAGCUUUUUCAUUUAAUGAUAUCGGUGUCUUAAUUUAAAGUGCCACUAAGUUAUUUAUAAAGUUAGAGGAGAUACUAUGCACUAAUAUGGUUUCCUCGUCAGAAAUAAACUUGACAUGAUAAGCUUUGCUGGCUCUUCAGAUCAGUUUUAAUGUCUAUCCCCAGUUGAUGCCAAAAAAGAAACAAACAAAUAAGCGAAGAAGCAAACGAGAAAAAGAAAGAACAAAACAAUUUUUAACAAAACAACUGAAACCCAAAAAAUUAAGAAGGUGCGUGCAGUCGAUAUUUUAAUCAAAAAGGAGAAGCGGCAGUAGAGCUGAAUCUCAAUGCUAUACAAAAACCCUGUCUUUGUUUAUUAUUUAUGCAUUCCAACAUUUGGCCAAACAACAUUUUGUUCGAUAGACUGUAUCUAACUCAUCAUUCUUUUAUUUAGGUUUGCACUAACAAAAAGUUGUGUCAUUGUGAGGGAGGAUUUGAUUCUAAAGACGGUUGUGCAUCGGGUAAGAGAUAGUUAGAGAAUUCAGGAAAGUAAGGGAGGUACUUCACGACAAUUUAUUCUCAGUUAGGUUUAAGCGUUUUAAAAAAAGGGAAGUCUUUUCAUUUUCGUAGAAUUCGGGAAAAUAAGGGAGCUUCCUCACGAAAAUUAUCUAUAGUUAGGUUUCAGCGUUUACAAAAAAAGCCUUUGAUACAGGUUGCUGAUGGAAUUUUUGUAAAGAGGAAGUAUUUUCUUUAAUCGUAGAAUUCAUUAUUAUCAUUAUAACUAUUAUGAUUAUAUUUGUUUUUAUUAUUAUAAUCAUUAAACUGACCCAUUCCAGCUCUGGUACCUCGAGAUGGAGCCUGGGGUGAGUGGUCGUCAUGGACUGUGUGUGACAAGGGUUGUGAUGGUGGAAAGAGAAGAAGACAUCGGUUCUGUGACAAUCCGUUCCCCCUACAUGGAGGUGCUGACUGCCCCGGAGACCGACAUGAAAAACAGGAUUGUAAUACACAAAGCUGUCCAGGUGAGUUAAAAAUUUUAAAGUAUUUAUUAUUGAUUUUUUUCUAGUUUCCCCUCUUUAAUUUGACCUAUUCUUUUACUUAUGAACUGAAAACAGAAUACCAAGUGAUCUGUGAGGCUUAUAACUAGUUCUUGAAACAUGGGUCGCAAGUUUGGUUCGGCAAGGCUUUUUCAAUUUUUCAUUUCCUUUGCAAAAGAAAUGUUUCAUAAGUCGGAGUAGCAUUAAAUUCAUGGGAGAAGGGAAAGGCUAGGGGAGGGUUUUAUUAGGAGAAUUGCACUCUCCUUUUUUUAAGACAGACAGAACAGUCGAUCUCCUGAACGACUUAUUAGGUAUCCUUCGCUUACUGGAGGAUAUCUCUUAGAUUAUUAAAAGGCUGAUUUUAUCGAACGUUUUUACUUUUGCCUUUUCAAAUUUGGUAAAUGUGUCUUAAUUAUUAGAGUAGAAAACAACACUAGAACACAUAGGAGAACAUUUCUUUUGAAAAGGAGUCUUGCAUUGAGCUAUUUCACUGGUGGCAGUUACAUUACCUCCAAUAUUAUUGUACUUCUCUCCUUGUAUUAACUCUUAGGGCGAUGUAUGGAAAAAACACUUCUAGUAACAUCAUUUUGCUCAAUGUUAAAUUUUAUUUUUUCUUAUCCAGUGGUGAUUUCAUGCCAUCACUUGCGUCAAGUGGGGGAUGAACAGAAUCAUUACUAUCCUGAUGGUGUCUACAAGAUUUACCCCACAGGCUCUCAGCCAAUCAUGGCGUACUGUGAUAUGUCGCGUGAUGGUGGAGGAUGGACACUAUUGGUUACCAGUCAUACCAACACCUGGACGGCACAGAAUGUUAAAUUGCGAAACGCGAACUCUCCAAAGUUGACUGAUGAUCACUCCAUCCUGCAGUAUGCAGACAGUAUUAAGGAUAAUAUUAACGUGGCAGGUUCUACGUUUGAGUAUCGAUUAGAGGCUCAAAGCCAAGGUAAUUCAAUGUAUUCAGGGUACCUAAAUUUCCGUCAUACAGGACAGGAUAGGGUGGAUGUAGAGUGAGCUUAGGAGGUCAUAGUAAAAAAAUAUAAUCCACAAUGAGGGUCAGCAGUCAUGCUGUCUACAAAGUGAUCGCCAUUCUAAUUAUCCAUUUCGAAAAAAAAUUAGCAAUAGAAUGUACGAGAAAGUAUGCGAUGCUCGCAUAGAAUCUCACUCCUACUCAUUUAUUUAUUUGUAGAAUUAAGCAACACAUGUAGAAACAUGGUCAUCUUGGCCAUCAUCACGAACGAUGCUCAUUCCCAAAACUUCCAUCAUUAACAAUGUAUAACAUUUUCUUUGAUAGUCUUUCCAGCAAGCCCUCUUUCCCUUUACGCGCCGAGGCUUAUAAGGGUACUUAGCUUUUAUGUCGCACAGAGAGAAAGGCCGUACAUCAAUUGUCCUGAAGAGAAGACUUUGAACACUUGUGCCGAAAAUAAAACGUUAGUUUUACUGAGCGCAUAUUUCUCUCACCUUUAUCUCUUUAUUUUUGAAGAUCGCUGGGGAGGUAUCUGGGAGGCGCCCAGAGGUUUUACGUUCACAGCUGACAACAACAAACAGACGAAUAUUCAGCUGGUUAAGAAGUUUGACAAUUGGGAAUAUUCAGACAGUGGGAUUGAACAAAGAAUGCCAUGGAUUUCUGAUGCCAGGUUAACUACAUCCCAUCAUGCCUAUCGCAGCUGGUGGGGAACGAUAACAGGUAAAUAACCUUCAAUCUAUACUACACAAGCGAUAACUCUCCUCUGUACAAUUAAACAAGAUCAUUGUUUUUUGUUGUUGUUUAUUUCUUUUUGGCAAACCCCAUUUUUGAGAUAGUCACGGAAAUGACGAGGAAAACUUGGAGAAAAAGAGCUUUCUAUAACGAUACAGCUUUCCUUUUUCAUGAGAUUUAUUUUCUUCAAGCGUUUGAUUUAUGAUUUCAAUGGUUCCAUAAUUCAUCAACCUUAAUUCCUUUUUCACAAUUUUUCGAAAAGAAUAGUUAGUGAAAUAUCUUCCCCAGUCUCAAUUACUUGCUAUCAAACCCUAACCAAAGUUUGUUAUAUUGUCCUUCGGGUCAUUACCUAGAAUCGAAACAUUGCAUUUUUGGAUUGAAAAGGGGUCAAAGGUAGGGAAUGUCUUACUACUGGAUCAAAACAAGACUUUCGUGGUUGAACUUCAUGCUUUAACUUGAUUGAUUUUUCAAGCGGACGCUAAGGAAUACCACCCUGCACCUUGGAUUGCUGGUCACCUUAUGGAGAGUCAGCCAUCAUAUAUCUGGUACUGGAUGAGAGAGGGACCUUUUAACAUGCCUGGCUCCUGUAAAGAAGUGUUCUUCAGAGGAUUGCUGACUAACCCUGUCUCAGGUAAGUCUGGAUACGAAUUACCGGGAAAUCCAGUAUUUGAAAUUUCGUUCAAUACUUUCGAGAUUGUAUUGCUUUUGUUUUCUUAACUACGAUCGGUAUUGUUCGAAACAAAUCCUGCCAACUCCUCAAGCAAUAAAACACAAAUUAGAACUAACGGCAUUACUCGUAUUUUCGCAUAUUGGAGACCGUUUCAAAUAUUUUUAGAUCUAAUUCGUUUUGACAGUUGUUUCCGUUCUGGCUGGUUUUUACAUGUACGUAUGUGGAUAUCAUUCAAAUAAAUACAAAUCAAGAAUUUUAAAAUUACCUUCUUACUAACUCCCUUGUUCUUGUGUCUUAAUAUAUAUUUGGUCAAACUGAUCACACCUUAUUUAAAUUUCACAUGAAGAGUUAACUGCAGCUGCAUUGAAAUGUGUUUUUUUUUUCAGAUGGAGUUUUCACAAUUAAACCUCCUGGACAGCAAAAAGUUAAAACGUAUUGUGAUUUCACGACCGAAGGAGGACCCUGGACACUACUUGUGACACGCAAGACCCACAGUGGGUGGAAUAAAGACAACAUGAAAAAAAGAAACUCAGACAAACCUUCUUUACAAGAUGACUAUUCCAUACUGGGGCUUGCAGACGCCAUAAAGGACUCUGACAAAGCUCAGGUAAGUCGUUAGAUGUCUGAGCGGCUGAGGGGUGAUUUAAAGUCAAUACUUGGUAAAUUUGUAGAAAAGUAUAUGAAUUGAUGCCCAUAAAAAAAUCACCCUAAGUGCUUUGUCCCUCAAUUAUCCACUAAGUGUUGAAAGUAACUCGGAAUUGCUACGGUUUUCUUUCACUGUAACUAGUGAUUUGCCUGUUAACCUUACGCCGCCAUCUCAACCAAUGAGAUUUAAAACUUUUGCCAGUCACCAAUAAGCUAGUUUCCCCGUCAUAUCAUGAGAUCAUGGAGUGGCAAUAUUUCGAUUGCAUCUUCCAUAACUCGUCGUGUUUCCUCAAUUUCGUCUUCAAGCAGGAAUUCUUUCAAUACCGAAUUGAGGCAGACGGUAAAACCCGUUGGGGAGGGAUCUGGGAAGCACCACGUGACUAUACAUUCCUAUCUACGUGCGACAAACAAACCAAAGUAAAAAUCGUAAAGAAGUUCGACUCGUGGGACGAGAACAGCAACUUGGGAAAGCGCAUGCCCAGACUGGGAUUAUCUAAAGAUCUGUUAUUAAGCAGUGCGUCAACUGUGGAUGAACCGUCAGGGUCCUUGGUGUAUAACAGUGGCGCCAGCUCCGCCUCGUAUCUGGAGCAAGAGAAGCCAAACCCGAGUGUUGUGAGAUACUGGAUGAGAGAAGGAGCGAGGUGAAUUUAUGUUAUGUGUAUACGUAAUCAGUGCAGACAUUACAGAAUCGCGCCCAUUGAAAAACGUCGCACGGGAAAAUGCAAAUAAGCUAGAAAAGAGAAAGAGAGCAUGCGAUAUGUAUGUAUUUAUAUACAAAUUUUUUCCUGUCAGUUGUACACUUAAGGCUGUAUUUACACUUUUCUUGGAGAUUAUCCAUAGCAACUAUGCUUGCCUGAAUAAAAUUCGACUUUUCGUCGCGAUCAAAUACAGUAAUAAUAGGAAAGAUGUUCAAAUUCAAGCUUUAUGUUUUAAAGUUUUUCUGCGACCUCUAGUUACGAAAUAACCAAAAAAAAAAUACCGUUUUAGACAGGGGGAAUUAUGUUUCCAGCUAAAAGGCCAGGGUAAAUUCGUGAAAGCGUUUCUUUAUAACAUCUCAAAGUUAUCAAAAUCUCAGAUGUUUAUCGUGUUCAUCGUCUAUUGCAAUAAUUGAGAGUCAUUUGUUUGUGGACAGGUUAUCUUGCAACGAUUUGAAAUUACACGGAAUGAGAGCUGGUAACAAGUAUGGCGAGGAUAGUUUCCAACUGAUGAAAGUCAGUGAUACCCAGUACCUCCCGGUCUACUGCGAUAUGACAACUGCUAAAGGAGGUUUCACUCUUAUAGUGACGAGUGCUCACAACAAUUGGACUCGGGCACAGGUCCCCACAGGUAAUUGCAUAUUAUACUUGUGUUCUUUAGACUAAUCAGAUAAGAAGCUGAGGCCCAAAGUGACGUGUUCCUUGUAAUGCGUUGGUGGUUGUUAAAGGGAAAGUGGAAAUGCUCUUAGAUCGCAAGAGAAGAUGAAAUGACGAUAAUGAUAACAAUAAAAACAAUAAUAAUAAAGCUUUUCGCGCUCAUUAGUUGGCUAUUUCGGAAACGACUGGCAAGUACUAUCAACCUCUUGCAGAGAAACGACAAAAUGGCGCUUAAAGAGUUUAAAAUCCGACUAUUUUUUAUGUAUCAACAGAAAUAGACUAAUUUUGGGGGAUCUCUCCUUUAUAUGAUACUGUACUGAAACAAUUAUUCACCCUAUGGUAAGCGGAAGCCGCGGUAAGGCAAAUGUCUUCCACUAGUCCCAUAAUAUAAUAAUAUGGCAGGAUUUGGCCAAAUAAUUUCUUAAAAAUUUUUAAUACCUUUCGUUUAAAUAUUGAUAGCAGCGUCUUCUUGCCACUCCUAGUCUCGAUAUACAUAAUAGAUGCGUUUGAAAAUUUAUCUAAGUAAGCGCAAGCGGAAAAUAAAAGUAUAUGCCAAGUAAGAAAACCGAUUGCGUUUUGUUGAUAUCUCUCCUUUCAUUUCUAGAAAUGCCCUUUAUCCAGGACUGAAUCGAGAUUACUCCAUCUUAGAUUUAGCAGACAGUAUUAAAAGCCUGAACAACAAUGGCACAUUCCAGUACAUGAUGGAUGCUCAUUCUAGACGUCACUGGGGAGGGAUUUUUGAAGCUCCUAAGUCCUACAGGUGGGAAAACAGUAGUAGGAUUGUAUUGGAAUGAAUACUUAUAUUCAAAGAAAAUUUGUAAUACCUUGUAUUUUUUCCAAAAUUGGAGGUAUUUACGUACCCUAAUUUAUUCACACACUGUGUUUUUCAUAUUUCAUUUGUUUAUCAAAGCUUCAUGGCAUCGGAUUCUUCGCAAACCCACGUCAACCUAACGAGGAAGUUUGACAGUUGGGAGUAUUCUUGGUGGAAUUCAUUAAACAAGAGAAUGCCGUGGUUUGACGCCAAAGGAACUCACCACAUGGCUCUGCUGACCACAUCCGACAGCCCCACCUACUACCCGUCGGGUUCGAUCAUUUGGGGGGGCCCCGAUCGGUUUCCGUCUGAUUGGAUUUGGGCUAGGGGGAUGAGAAAUCCUGGGGUUAUCUGGUACUGGCUAAAUGAGGAUGACUGUGAUGAGGAUAGAAAACCAGGUAUCACCGUAGAUACAGUAAAGACCCCUCCUUAGAAGCUCGAUAAACUAGGCCGUUUCGUUUUAUACUAUCACCUUCAGCACUGUCUCCUUUUUAACAGUCGAGUUUUGUUUUUUCGAGGGUGGAUUUACCCAGGUUCGUAGAUAUCAUUUUUGGCGUCCGACAGCUUACUCAGUCAAGAAAAGUUUUCAUAUGGACGCUCCGGUCCGAUUUUAGGGAGAUAAGGCUCGUUUUUUGAUCUUUUUCAAUAAUUCAUAAAUUGUGACUGAAAUAUUAAUCCCUAAGAUAGGCGUUUUGUUCAAAUAGCUAUAUCUUUGGUUUUUGUGUGAAAAAUAAUUUCUUUUUACCCGUUGUAUUUUUUAAAUUUGUUUUGGAAUUCAGUGGAUGGCGGACUAACUGAGUGGGGUGAAUGGGGGAGAUGUGACAAAUUAUGCGAACCUGGUAAGCAUCGAAGGUACAGAACAUGUACAAACCCCAGGCGACGUUGUGGUGGAAAACAGUGCGAUCCAAGCAUUCCUACACAAGACGAAGGGAACUGCUUUUAUUGCCCUGGUAGGCGUUUUUUUAUAAUAUGACCAGGAAAUUUACUUUAUUUAAUCGCUGGGAAUGUUCAUUGAUUGCACUGUGGUAUAAACCUUUACAAUUCAUCAAGUAUUUUUGCUCGCACGCGAUUGGUCUUAAUGCAUGACGUGAUCAAAUAUAUCCCAGCUAAAACUACCACCUACUGAGCAAGGGAAAGCUUGAAAAGUUUACGCCUUGUGGUUAACAAGCUUUUCUCCUGUGGUCCAACUUUCCGCGUGGUUUAUUAGCCGCUAAACCGAUAGAAAGUGUGGUUGAUUGGUUAAUUGUUCUCUUUUUAAAUACGUUAUUGCAAACAGGCUGGCCCAUUUCAUCAGAAAUAUUUUUUAAAUGGGGGCUUGUUUAAACAACCUAAAUAUGUAAAUAUCGUCUGUACGUAUAUUAUCUGUACAGCUAUUUUGAGAAAGGCUGUUGGUAAAAGAAAAAGUAUAAAAGUGCACGUGACGACUUCAAAAGUUGUUGAGGGUUGUUUUAUUGUCCCGCUUCCAUGACUUCAGGAUUCCAGUAAAACCAGAGAAAAUGUCUUCGUAAGGACGAGCCAUUACGGUUUGAUUAAAUUUAAAAAAAAAAAGUAUAUAUAUAUUAUUAAAAAAAUUCAUUGAUUACUGGAUACGCAGAGUACCUUUCGACAUUGUUACAUGCACUUUUGUCCUUUUUCCCGACAUCGUUUCUCGAAAAAGCGGUAAACGAAUCCUCAACAUAAUUUAAGGACUGAAAGAGGUAUCAUUAUUUUAAUUAUUAUUGUAAUUAGUAAUUUUCUUUUUUCAGAAAGUGGAAUACGAAGCUACGGUGACUUCUGUGUGGCCCCAAACGAAGGAGGUUGUUCUCCCCUGAUGGGAGUUAUCUUAUCUUUACGAAAAAGGAAGGCACAGCUUGUAAUGUGACCGAUCAGAUUUUUGUUCUUGACCAAGAUGGCGUUAUUCAUCACAAAUGCAGCAAGAAAGUAGUCUGUCCACAGG